ACACACACACACACACACACAGCAGUGUGUUCGCUAGCGGCAGGGUGAAACGGGAAGGGCGGAGUUACAGACACAAUGGCAGCAGUGAGCGGAUUGUAACGCAGUGAAAACCCGACGACAUCGACUGGAGAUCCGGAGGUGCCUGUCUGUCCGCGUAUCAAGCGUCCCCAGGAUGCUCCCGUCCUCCGCCUGCUGACCUGCGUCUCCACCUGGUGCGUUUGAUUCCUCCACCAUGAUGAAGACGGAGCCUCCGUCUGCCAGCGGUGGCGGGAAAGUGUCGGGAGGGGGGAACUCCACCCUCCGCAGCCCCUCCCCCCACCGGAACGCGUACGAGGCGGGGCUGGCGGCGCUGAAGCAGGCGACCGACCACCUCAACAACCCCUCCAGCAAGCCCCUCCCACCCCCUCGGCCCGGCACCCGCGGCCGCCGCUAUGGCUCCAACGUCAACCGCAUCAAGAGCAUGUUCCUCCAGAUGGAGAGCACGGCGCCCGGGGAGGAGGGCGGGGCCCGCGGCCUGGCAGGGGAGCAGGUGAAGCUGUCCCUCCCCCCAGGCCGGCAGGGCCCCCUGCGGCUCCCCGAGCGGCUCCACAGUCUGGAGCCGCGGCCGGGCCGCGCUCCCGCCCCGCCCGGCCCCUCCAAGCUACAGGAGACCCGCAAGAUCUUCGAACAGCGCACCCUGCAGGAGAAGCAGGCGACCAACCGGAUCCUCCUGAAGCGGGAGGGCGCGGCCGGGCUGCAGGGCGGCCGUCUGGACGUGGUCGCCCGCUUCGACGGCUCCACUGAGGCUCUGGACCGCCCCGCCCCCACGGGACCCAACUCCGCCCCCACGGGACCUAGCCCCGCCCCCACGGGAGCUAGCUCCGCCCCCGACCCCACAGGACCUAGUUCCGCCUCUGCAUCCACAAUACUUAGCUCCAGCCCCACACCAUUGUGCUCUGACCUCGGGCCACUAAGCUCCACCUCUGUCCCAAUAAGCCCCACCCACACCCUCUCUAGCGCUGCCGGCCCCCUUCCUAGCUCCGCCCCUGGCCAGCCAGGCUCCGCCCCCCUGGAUGUGCCCAGCCCCACCGUCAGCCAGCUCAGCGCCGUGUUCGAGGCCACGGACCCCAGGCCCGCCCCCCCGCCUCCUCCUGCUCCUCCUGCUGCUCCUCACCAGCGCUGCGCCUCCUCCCCCCUGCCCACCCCCCCACAGAAACCCCCCAAACCUCCUGGUCUGGGGGCGGGGCCUCCAGGGAGCAAGCAGGUGAAGUCUUGUCCAGCUCCUCGAGGAGACGAGGAGGUGGAGGGAGGAGCUGUCCGGACGUCUGGACUCGGAGAUAAGGAGGCAUCUGCUCCUUCAGGGGAUCCCCGCUCCUCUACCUCCUCCUCCUCCUCCUCCUCCUCCCCUGACUCCUCCUCCUCCCCUGAGACUCAGCCCCCAGCACCUCCCCGCGAGGCCCGACCCGGGACCGAAGCCAGGGGCUCCAGUACGUCCCCAGCCCCGGGGCCGGGGGCUGGCGGGGGGGGGGAGGUCCAGGCCGACGUCCACGCCUCCCAGGAGAACUCCGGCGCUCCUCCACCCUCCUCCUCCCCCUGGCCCGCCGAGGAGCAGGGGAGAGGGGGAGGGGCAGAGGGGAAGGGAGAGGAGGAGGAGGAGGAGGAGGAGGACUGGAGGAAGGAGGACACGGUGGACAUCAGCGCCUACAGCGGCCUGGGGGACGACUCGGGGGGGAGCCAGCUGGACGACGACGACGAGGACGAGGACGAGGACGAAGACGAGGAGGAGGAGGAGUACCACCCCGAGAGCAGCUCCUCAGAGAUACCCGGCUUACCCCAGGAGGAGGAGCCACCUCCGGCCAAUAGGAAGAUCUGCUUCAGCACUGGACCAAUUACGGUGUUCACCACAUACUCUAACGAGGACUACGACCGCCGUAACGAGGACGUGGACCCCAUGGCCGCCUCGGCCGAGUACGAGCUGGAGAAGAGGGUUGAGAAGCUGGAGCUGUUCCCCGUGGAGCUGGAGAAAGACGGAGACGGUCUGGGGAUCAGCAUCAUCGGCAUGGGGGCCGGCGCCGACAUGGGGCUGGAGAAGCUGGGGAUCUUCGUGAAGACGGUGACGGACGGCGGUGCGGCCCACCGCGACACCAGGAUCCAGGUGAACGACCUCAUCGUCGAGGUGGACGGGACCAGUCUGGUCGGCGUCACUCAGAGCUUCGCCGCGUCGGUCCUCAGAAACACCAGCGGAACCGUGAGGUUUGUGAUUGGUCGAGAGAAGCCCGGGGAGCAGAGUGAGGUGGCUCAGCUGAUCCAACAGACCCUGGAACAGGAGAGGUGGCAGAAGGACCUGAUGGAGCAGAGAUACAGCCAGUACCUGGAGGAGGACCAGGAGACGGGGGAGUACGUGACGGACGAGGAGGAGAUGCUGAGCCCCGUGUUCCCCAACUGUGUGGAGGACCAGAGCUCCCCAUUGCCCGCAGACCCCGCCGACCUGGACCCCGACCGGCUGGCCCUUAAGUACAAGGAGCUCCAGAUAAAGCACGCGGUCACCCAGGCAGAGCUUCAGCUCCUGAAGAGGAAGCUGUCCCACGCCGAGCAGGAGCGCCAGCGGUGGCGGUCUGAGCGCGCUCAGCUGGAGCAGAACAUCAGAGACAACAAGGACCGCAUGGAGAAGCUGGAGGGCUACUGGAUGGAGGCCCAGAGCCUCUGCCAGGCGGUGGAUGAGCACCUGAAGGAGACGCAGUCCCAGUAUCAGACGCUGGAGAGGAAAUACAGCAAAGCCAAGAGACUGAUCAGAGAAUACCAGCAGAGGCAGACUGAGCACCAGAAGAAGGAGACCGAUCAGAGUCAGGCUCAGAAGGAAAACGACGCCUCGCACCGAGAAGAGACCAACCACCUCCAGGACCAGAUUUCCGACCUGGAGGCCAAAGUCGACGCUCUGAAGUCCACAGACUCCUCCUAGACCUGCAUCACCUCCUGUCAGGAACAGGAAGUACCUUUGGUGGAAAUUGAGGGGAUUAAAAUGACGAAUAUAAAGAGGAGAGGAAGAAGAGGAGCAGCCGUGACACAAAGAAAGACCCGCUCCCGUUGGCUCCCGUCCUACUCUCACUAACCCUCCUGGAAUGCGAAUGGUUGCCUUACCCAGAAUCCCCCCCAGAGUCGUGUGUCUGCCCCCCUGAGGAGACGGCUCCCAGGCUGCUGGACCCCCUGUCUGGACCGUCUCCUCUCCUCCACCUCCUCUGUCAUGCUCCUCCAC